AUGGCCGCCACCUUUCGACCCGUCAACCCCAACCUCAUCGCCCAGACCAUCGAGGAAGACCCGACGGCCCCAUCCUCAUCAUCCGCCCCGACCCCCCGGCCAAACACGCCCCCUCACGCCCAACUCCUCGCCGCCAUGGCUCCCCACGACGCCGCCGCCACCCCGACGAGAGCCUCCUUCGCCACCGCUCCCGGCCAGAUGCCUCUGCCCUCGAGCCCCUUCCCCCACGCCGUCCAGGUCCCCCACACCGCCGAUCGGCUACCGAGUGACCAUUCGCAACACUCGGCCAAGUCGUCGACGACGAGGGACUCGAUGGAUGUCGACAUGGACGACUCGGACGCCGAAGGCGGCAAUGGCGACGAUGGCUCCGACGACGACAGCGUCAACGCCGAUGGCUCCAGGUCCAGCAAGAAGAAGAAGUCGCAGCGCUUCUACUGCACCGACUAUCCCCCCUGCAACCUGAGCUUCACCAGGAGCGAGCACCUGGCCCGGCACAUCCGAAAACACACGGGCGAGCGGCCCUUUCAGUGUCAUUGCUCUCGGCGCUUCUCGAGGCUCGACAACCUGCGACAGCAUGCACAGACGGUCCACGUCAACGAAGACAUCCCCAUCGACUCCCUCGCCGCUACCGGCUCGAGGUUCCAGCGCCAGAUCCGCACCGACCGCGUCAGGCAAGCCGGCAACAGGGCCCGCGCCUCGACGGGCGGCAGUGCCGGCGGCCCCGCGCGCGGCCACUCCAAGUCGCUCUCAACGUCGAGCAUCGCCAGCAUCAGCUCGGUGGCGUCGUCGUCGUACGGCUCCCAGGCGCCCGACGCCCGCCGCCGCCCGCCGCCGCUCGUCAUGGCCGCCGACCCUCGCUCCAGGCUGUCGCUCGAAUCGUACCGCAGCAACAUCGACAGCCCGUACCCCUACCGCCACUCGUCGCCCGGCGACUACAGCACACCCACCUCGGCCACCUUUUCCACGGCCCAGAGCAGCCCGCGAUGGGCCUCGGGCAUGGCGUCGCCCACCUCGUCGCACUCGAGGUCCCAGAGCCUCUAUUCGGCGGGCAGCCGCACCCCGGGCCGCCGCCUCAGCGUCCCCUCGGGCGUGAACCCCUUCCAGCCCGCCCAUCUGUCGGCCUCUGGGCGCUCGCCAUUUGGCCCGGGGCUCCUCAACAGCUCCCACCCCGCCGCGCUGCCGCCCCCGGGCAGCGGCGGUGUGGUGACGUCGCCCGCGUCGGCGGCGGCCUGGUCGGGGCGGCGCGACUCCAACGCGAGCGCCGCCGACGAGGCGUGGCGGAGGCGCACCUGGCACUCCGACAGCCGCACCUUCAACGGCCAGGCCCAGCACCAGCUGAGCGCCGUCGGCAGCCAGUCGGCGCGGCCGAACCCCCCGCCGCCCAUUGCGAACCCGUCGAGCGCCCAGUCGUCGUUUCGCCUGCCCGGCAUCGAGUCGUUUGACCCCGUCCCCCGCCGCAACCCGUCGCCCAUGGCCAUUGACUCGGACGCCCCGACCCGGCGCCCCGUGUACCAGCCGGCCGAGCCGAUGCAGCCCGACGAGCGGCGCAACCUCAACAUGUACGACGCCAGCCUGCAGCGCGGCCUGACGCGCCUCGACAUCAGCCGCAAGACACCGCCUCGCGACAGCGCCGGCGCGUGGGCCUCGGAGGUGAACAAGGCGGUGCAGGCGCAGGCGGAGCGCGUGCGGCGGAGCCCGAGCGUCCGCUUCGAGGACCAGCUGCCGCCCUCGCACGCGGGCCCUCCGGCGGGGGCCUCGGCGCGCUCCCUGCACCAGCAAACCAUGUCGGCCCCGUCCAUGACGGCGCCGAAGCGGCACGGCUGGUAUCACGGCCCGCCGGUGCCCCGCGGGGUCAACGGGCCGCCGCCGCCGCCGCCGCAGGAUCCUCGGGUGGCGCACGUCGACCGCAUGGUCCAUCCCAACCUGACGGGGUUCAACGGCUUCCCCGGCCGCGAGCCCCCGGCGCCGCAACAGCAGGAUCGCCCUGCAAAUGCCGAGUCACUCCGGCGUCUGGAGGCCUUGGUCGCCGUCGCAACCAGCGAAGGGUCGACAGCCACGGCGUACUAG